CAAACCCUUAUGCACUCUUAGCUAAAUGAGUGUUAAAACAUCUGGUAUUUUUGCCUAUAGACCUUUAAAUGUUAAGUUUCCCAUAUUUCCAAAGGAGCUGCUGUGUUGUCUGUUCUCAAACAUAUGCAUUAUUAUUGCUUUUUUUAGAUGAUGAACUAAAUCUCUUAGUCGUCAUCGUUGACACCAACCCUAUCUGGUGGGGGAAGAAAGCACUAGGACAAUCAGAGUUUACAUUAUCAAAAUGCCUGGAUGCAGUAAUGGUGAUGGGAAAUUCACAUCUAUUUAUGAAUCGGAACAACAAACUUGCUGUAAUAGCAAGUCAUACACAAGAAAGUCGUUUCUUGUACCCUGGAAAACACUGGGCAUUUGCAGAUCUCUUUGGAGAUGGUGGUAGUUUUGUUGAAUCUGUUUGCUCUGGCAGCAAAGAUGGUAAAUACGAAUUAUUAACAGCAGGAAAUGAAGUAAUCACAGAGGAAAUUAAAGACCUGAUGACAAAAACUGACAUGAAGGGCCAGCAAACAGAAACUUUGUUGGCUGGAUCCCUUGCCAAAGCACUUUGUUAUAUCCACAGGAUGAACAAGGAAGUAAAAGCCAACCAAGAAAUUAAAUCAAGAAUUUUGAUCAUAAAAGCUUCAGAAGACAGUGCUUUACAAUAUAUGAAUUUCAUGAAUGUGAUCUUUGCAGCACAGAAACAGAAUAUUUUAAUUGAUGCCUGUGUUUUGGAUUCUGAUUCAGGACUUCUGCAGCAGGCUUGUGACAUUACAGGAGGCAUAUAUUUGAAAGUACCCCAGAUGCCAUCACUUUUACAGUAUUUACUGUGGGUAUUUCUUCCUGAUCAAGACCAAAGAUCCCAACUAAUCCUUCCACCCCCCAUUCAUGUUGACUAUCGAGCAGCUUGCUUCUGUCAUCGAAAUCUCAUUGAAAUAGGCUAUGUCUGCUCUGUGUGUUUGUCAAUAUUCUGCAACUUCAGCCCUAUAUGUAGCACAUGCGAGACUGCUUUUAAGAUUUCAUUACCACCUGUCAUGAAGGCCAAGAAAAAGAAACUAAAAUUAGCUGUAUAACAAAGUUAUAAAAAAACACCAUUACUUCUUGCAUGUACCUGGAGUUGGUGGCAUUUUUAUAAGGUGAAAUAAAUUGUUCACAUUGUACAAAUCUACAUUGCUAAACAUUUAAAAACAUCAAAGAGGUUGUAUGCACCUUCCUUGUAAAUAGCAGAUGGUUGUAUUGGUGCAUGGUUUGUAUGAUUUUAAAAUCAAAUCUCCUAUUUGACCAUUAGGAGUCAGAAACUGCUGCUUGUAUAAGCAGAAGAUGCCCUCACCAUCAUAAAACAACACAGCAUCCCUAAUUCUGUUUAGAGUCAGAGGCAGAAUGUAAAUACUUAGGCCCUGCUCCUGCAUGCAUGGUAAAGGUAAGCAUGGUCAUAUGUGCUUUGCAGGAUCCAUGCUGUAGUGGAUUCUGCAGCUCUCUUUAGUACAAUUUGUCAUUUAGUUUUAUUUGGGAUGAGGCAAAUUUUUGAUAUUUUUCCUUCCCUCUUCCCACUAAAUUAUUCCUUUUUAGUGGGCAUUAUCUGCUUUGUGUGUAAUUCUUUGCUCACUUUGGUAUCUUCUCCCAAAACAAAAGUAAACACAAAAUUAUUCAUUUGAAUAAUCUAUUAACGUUACAGAGAUAAGUAAUUUUCCUUUUAAAGUUUAAUAAAAGAAAAAUCUAGUAUUUAUUUUUCAUUCAUGUUUAAGGAUUUAAGAUAUUUUGAAACUGGAAAACAGUUUAAAUCUCUGGAAUCUGAUAGCAAGUUUCUUUUUUUAGGUUUGACUAAUACCACGGAAAGAUAAUGUAGGAAGGCCUCUGUUAUGAAUUGAUUUUUCCCUCUAUCUCAGCAGGUGAAUGCAUGGUGCAUGUUCUCAGUUUUCCAAAUGUUAUGUUUAAAUCAAACAAACAAAAAUCCCUAGUUUUGAAUUCCUAACUGCAUCUUUUGGUGUUUUAAAUUACAUUUAGUAAUUGCUGUAGUAAUCAGAGGCAAUAUGGGAAUGUUUUCUAAAUAGAAAACAGGAUUGUAGAUAAAUUCUUUUUUAAUGGUAUAUACAGGAGAUGAUUUAUAGUAUUUUCAUCAGGUUAGAUUGGGAAACCAUUUUAUUGAAAAUGCUAAUAUUUUACUGGCUUUUUUUUUUAAAUCAAUUUUAUGUGAAAACUGUAUUUAUAGUUUGUUUUUUAUAAAUAUUUGUAAUAA